GGAAAAAAAAAAAAGAAAAUCCCAUAACCACUUUUGCUUUUUCUCUCCCCAACUCCAGUAUUAUUAUUAUUUUUUUCCGAAUACUUCCACGCUUUCUCUGCCAAAACAUCAUAAACCCUAGAAAUGCUUCCUGGUUUCCGUUUUAGUUUUCAGAUCUGAACCGUUUUCUAGGUAACAAUUUUCCCCUUCUUUUCUCCCUCUCCGUCGCGUUUGAAUUUCGCAUUCACAUUUUGCCGUUUCUGCUUCAGGAAGUUCCGUUCAAGCUCGAAUUUUCGGUCGAACGAACCUGCAUUUUGCGGUAGAUCCGAAUCUGAGUAUGAUCUUUCUGGUUGAGGAAUUCGUGUUAAAGUUGUGAAAAACUUCGGAUUGCUCAUUUGUGGGUGAACUUAAAUGGAAGAUCCAGUAGUACAACCUGGGGAAGACCCAAAGGUAAAACCCCAAGUUCCGCAGAAGCAAGUCCCAGCCGAUUCAUCGGAAAUUGAGAAAAAAGGUGCGAAAGCUGCGAAAUCCUCGGGUGCCGCUUCAAAGGUGUCGGCACCGACAAGUUCCGUUAGGAAGAAAGUGGAGCCAAAAGCUAGUCUGGAUUCUUCUUCGAGUUCGAAGAAAUUAACUCUUACUGGCUCCUCGCCGAGUUCCAAUUCGGCUCCGAGGGUGAGGCGAAACAGCACCGGCGGAUUGGCCGAGAAGGCGACUGUUGCCUCUGCCGCGAAGCAGAACAAUGCAGAUGCUGUCUCUGGGAAGAAGAGCGCGGAGCCUGUGAGGCGGUCUCUCCACGAACUUAGGAGUUCUUUGCCUUCAGUGGCUACGAAGCCUUCGAACAGAACGAGUGCUUCGGAAACUAGAAAGUCAACUCCGGCGACGCCAUUGGAUCGCAGUUUGAGAAGGUCGAUCGAUUCUGAUGUGACUAAUCACACUUCUGCUAGUAGGUCGUCAGCCAAGCCAUCACUAUCAGUUUCUUCUGCCUCUUCUGCUUCUUCUUCAAGAAGGGUACCUUCAACUUCGGUAGAUAGUACCGGGAGCAGUACAAUUUGGAAGACGGUUUCAAAGCUGUCUUCUCCGUCUUCUCGAUCACCUACGUUCACUAGUGGAUUGAGAUCUGCGUCUCUAUCAUCGUCUUUGGAUCGAGGUUCUAAUUUAUCUGGACGCAGGAAAGCAGCGGCUACUCCUGAAAUCAGGGAUUCGAAGUUCAUUGUUCUUCCCCAGGUGGAGAUAAAAGCUGGUGAUGACGUGAGGCUGGAUCUUAGAGGUCACAGGGUCCGCAGUCUCACUGCUAGUGGGUUGAACUUGUCUUCAAAUUUGGAGGUAAAUUUGUCAUGCACACUGGUAACUGUAAACUGAAGAGAGUUUUUGCUAUUGGUUUCUGUGUAAAAUUUCUUUCACCCAGUUUGUUGCCUCCUUCACUAAUAUGAAUGGCUUUAUCAAGCGUAGUUGGGAUUUUAAAAGAGACUUUUGUUUAUGUUAAAUUAACACCUUAUGAUUAUGUAUUAGACAAAGUACGGAAAAGAAAAGAAGUAUUCGGCAACUUUCUCUUCUUUAGACAUCUUAUGAAUGUGAAAACCUGAUAAGUAUUUUAUAUAACACUGCUUAUCAU